UCCGUGCUGACUGUGUGCGCAAGCGAUAACCUCCCAAUUUUCAACCGCUAGGGUUUGCGAUGAGGGGGGAUUGAGGUCGGUUCUCUCAUCGUGUAACAGUGGGAUACCCUUGUACCUCGAGCCCGGCCCGGACAGAGCCUACGCGGAUCAUAGUCCGCCGGACGACGACUCAAGCUCGAACAGCAGCUUUGUGCAGGUUUUGCCUGCCGAUGUCGAGAAACGCAUCGAUCGCACUGCCGUCGGUCAGCAUGUGGAGCCUCUCACUCUUGUCGGUCAGCAUAUGUUCUUCUUUCUGAAACCCAAAUAUUCGUUUGGGGCGCUCUUGAUCUCGCUGGAGAUCCAACGGAAACUUCUGACGGCUCUGAACGUGUUCCCCGCCUUCUUGGAUAUUCUGCAUCUGUUUGGGGAUAAGUGCGAUGAGAUGAAUGAGGACUAUGCUGUCUAUCAGCAAGAGAUCACCUGGGAAAGGGACAAAUAUAUGAACGCAACCAAAACUCCCGAAGCAUUCGAGAUCUGUUACAACUUCCGCUAUAUUGAUCAGGCCGUGAAGGGCCAGGGCGAAAGUUUCACGUGGAGGCGGAAGAAAAUGGGCUUCUAUUCCAAAUAUGUGCCGGCAACCAAGACGAGCACGUGGAUAUCCGUACUUGCGCCCAGAGAAUGCGUACCCCGCUUGAAGGAUGUGUUCACGAGCGAUCCAAUGCAUCCGCGAGAAAGACGCCAUGAUCUAGAUAUUCAUAUCUUAUUCAUGCAGAUUGCAACCCGGAGUUGGCUGCCGUACAUCAAUGCAUUAGACGAUGAUCUGAGGAAGAUGGACAAACGGGCGUUCCUGUGGCGGCCAAAGCCGGGGAACCUAAUCCUGAAAGCGCACAAAGAUUCAGAGCUAGAGCUCGUUGACACGCAACGCGUACAGAAAUUCAAGAUCGAGCUGCUAACGAUGAUCCACGCACUCGAAGUCAACCAGGCCAAUAUCGCCUCUCUCCGACGAGGCAUAGAAUCCUUCCGCAGAAAGACCAAUGUCUACAUCACCGACGACCAGUACAAGCAGUACGACGAAGACCUCGAGGACCUUCACAUCCUGCUGAGCCAGCACAAGGUACGUGUCAGUAAUCUACUGCAGCGCGCCGAGAGCCUCUUCGCCCUCAUCAUCACCAUCAUUCCCUACAACUAUGCGCGCCACGAAAACACCCUGAUGUUGCAGCUAUCCGAGAAGGCAGCCGUGUAUGCCAAGUCGAUGAAGGUCAUCACGGUCGUCUGUAUGCUUUAUCUGCCGCCAUCCGUCGUAGCCAGCAUAUUUGGGAUGGGCUUUAGCGAUCCGACGUGGUCGACUUCGGUCACGUGGAUCGUUUUCACUGCCAUUACCAUAGGCCUGGCGAUGUUGAGUAUUUUAGUCUGGCUGUGGUGGGAAAAAAAAUGCGCAAAAGAAUAGGCGGGGAAGGAGGGAAAACGACGGGCGACAGAUAAGGGGCUUCGAUACGACUGGUGGCUCCGUGGAUCACCGGAUGGAAAAUGAUGCGGGGGACGACGAGAAGGGUUGUUUA